ACUUCACCCCACGCGCUUGAUUCCCGCCGAAAUGUUUCCCGCCAAUUCCAGUGGCUCGAUCUAUUGGCAGACAGACCCUAGAUGCAGCACCAAUCUUAUCUUUCCCGACGAACCCUUCAAGGCGGCGAUUGUGCGGCGGGCGUUUGAGUGAACGGAAUCCACAGAGGCGAGAAGAGGAGACAGAGAGAUGUCGGGAUGGGACGAGGGAGCCAUAUUUUACAGCGACAAAGCGCACUACCCAAAUGGCGGUGGUUCUGGCGACGCCGACCAGGGAUCGAAAAGCCGCCAUGUAAUCCUACAGAAAUUCAAGGAGUUCAUUAGGAACUUCCCUGACAGGACUCAGCCCAAUGUCUUCCCUUAUCGCGAUGCUCUGCUUGAAAACGACAGCAAUUCCCUCGUCAUCAAUUUCUCCGACGUCCUUUCUUAUGAGCGCGACCAAACCCUCCCGGAACUCCUCCGCCAGAAUCCUGCCGAUUAUCUUCCCUUGUUUGAAACUGCGGCAGCUGAAGUUCUCUCAGAUUUGAGAUCAAGGAUAUCUGGAGAAGGAGGGGAAAUGGAAGAACCAAAGACUGGGGAAGUGCAGAUAUUGUUGAGAUCUGAGCAGGAUCCAAUCUCAAUCCGUGCACUUGGGGCACAAUGUAUUUCAAAAUUAGUUAAGGUAUCAGGAAUUGUCAUUGCUGCAUCAAGGACCAAGGCCAAGGCAACUUAUGUCACCCUGUUAUGUAGGAAUUGCAAAAAUGUGAAGGUUGUUCCCUGUCGGCCUGGGCUUGGAGGAGCCAUUGUUCCACGUUCAUGUGAUCAUGUGCCUCAGGCUGGUGAAGAGCAAUGUCCAAUUGAUCCAUGGAUAGUUGUUCCAGACAAAAGCAAGUAUGUUGAUCAGCAGACCCUGAAAUUGCAGGAGAAUCCAGAGGAUGUCCCCACUGGUGAGUUGCCAAGAAACAUGCUUUUAUCUGUAGAUCGCCAUCUUGUGCAAACUAUUGUGCCAGGCACAAGGCUCUCUGUGAUGGGAAUAUACAGUAUCUUUCAAGCUUCUAAUUCAUCCACAUCCAAUAAAAGCGCUGUUGCUGUUAGACAACCCUAUAUAAGGGUUGUUGGAAUGGAGGACACAAGUGAGGCUAAUUCUCGGGGUUCAGCAAACUUUACUCCUGAUGAGAUAGAAGAGUUCAAAAAGUUUGCAUCAGACAGUAAUUGCUAUGAAAAUAUAUGCUCCAUGCUUGCUCCUCAAAUAUUUGGUCAUGAUGAUGUCAAGAAGGCAUUAGCAUGUCUUUUGUUUGGAGGCUCAAGGAAGACAUUGCCAGAUGGUGUUAAGUUAAGAGGUGACAUUAAUGUGUUGCUUCUUGGAGAUCCCUCUACUGCAAAGUCACAGUUUUUAAAAUUUGUUGAGAAAACGGCUCCUGUGGCUGUAUAUACUUCUGGAAAAGGCUCAUCUGCUGCUGGUCUUACAGCUUCUGUGAUCAGAGACAAUAGCUCUCGUGAGUUUUAUCUAGAAGGAGGAGCUAUGGUUUUGGCAGAUGGGGGUGUUGUCUGUAUUGAUGAGUUUGACAAAAUGAGAGUUGAAGACAGGGUGGCUAUUCAUGAAGCUAUGGAGCAGCAAACUAUUUCCAUUGCCAAAGCAGGAAUUACUACGGUUCUCAAUUCAAGAACAUCAGUGCUUGCUGCAGCUAAUCCUCCAUCGGGGCGCUAUGAUGAUCUCAAGACUGCACAAGAUAAUAUUGAUUUGCAGACAACAAUUCUUUCAAGGUUUGAUAUGAUAUUCAUCGUAAAAGACAUCAGAAUGUACGACCAAGACAAGACCAUUGCUAAGCAUAUUAUAAAUGUGCAUUCAUCUGCUGCUGCAAGCUUGGGAGAGACAAGAAAUUCCAAGGAGGACAACUGGUUGAAAAGGUACAUACAAUACUGUCGAACGCAUUGUCACCCCAGGCUAUCAGAGCAAGCAGCCUCAAUGUUGCAGGAAACUUAUGUCAGGAUUAGACAGGAUAUGAGGCGCCAGGCAAACGAAAGUGGGGAGGCAGCUGCAAUUCCAAUUACCGUGAGACAACUUGAAGCUAUAGUAAGGCUGAGCGAAGCUCUUGCAAAAUUGAGACUUUCACACGUAGCAAAUGAGAACCAUGUGAAAGAAGCAAUUAGGCUGUUCAACAACUCUACCAUGGAUGCUGCUAGAUCUGGAAUCAACCAACACAUAAAUAUGACACCCGAGAUGGCGAACGAGAUAAAGCAAGCGGAGAACCAAAUAAAGAGGAGGAUGGGAAUCGGAAGCCACGUAUCUGAAAGGAGACUAAUUGACGAGCUUUCCAGGAUGGGCAUCAGCGACUCAAUUGUAAGAAGAGCGUUGUUGAUAAUGCAUCAGAGGGAGGAGGUUGAGUACAAGCGGGAACGCAGAAUCAUAGUCCGCAAAGCUUGAUCCACGCACAUAUCAUCCAUCCAUUUCUUCCCUCUCCAUGUGUAUGUAAAUUGCUGAGUUAUCAUAUUAUAAUUUGAUGAAGUAAACAUCAUAUCCAUCUGUGAUUAUGUGUCUGUGUUCUUUUUUCUUCUCUCAUUAUGCCGUUGGGGCGAUUAGCUUCUUAAAUGCGCCUUUAUUAGUGACUAGCAAAAGUGUCAAUUUUGGAUGUUUGUCAGUGACCUCUUUCUUUCUUUUUAUUUUGAGCUUGGGUUGAUAGAAUUUAUUUAAUCCCCUCUUUCGGCUAUCUUAUUCUCGUACGCAGUGGUCUUCAAU